UUUAACUUCGAUCUGGCACUUUUUCUCAUGACGUGUCGGCGAGCUUAACUUAUACAUUUAGUGGAAAAAGUUAUAACAAAUUUUCCAAAAUGCGAGAUCAGUUCAUUUGCCUGGCCCUGCUGCUGUGCGCCCUUCAAAGUGCCUGCGGACUCUACUUCCACAUAUCGGAGACGGAGCGGAAGUGCUUUAUCGAGGAGGUUCCCGACGAAACCACUGUGAUAGUCAACUACAAGGUGGAACUAUACGAUCCACGCUCCAAUGGCUUUAUGCCCUCAUCCCCGGGCAUCGGCAUGCAUGUGGAGGUGCGUGACAGCGACGACAAAAUCAUCCUCUCCCGUGUGUACAGCUCCCAAGGCCGCAUCUCAUUCACCUCCCACACGCCCGGCGAGCAUGUCAUCUGCAUGUACUCGAACAGCACGGCCUGGUUCAGCGGUGCCCAACUGCGCGUUCACCUGGACAUCCAGGUGGGAGAGCAUGCCAUCGACUACGCCAAUGUGGCCCAGAAGGAGAAGCUGACGGAGCUGCAGCUGCGUAUUCGCCAGCUCCUCGACCAGGUGGAGCAGAUCACCAAGGAGCAGAACUACCAGCGCUAUCGCGAGGAGCGCUUCCGUCACACGAGCGAGAGCACCAACUCGCGCGUACUCUGGUGGUCCCUGGCCCAGACCGUGGUCCUCGUGUGCAUGGGCUUCUGGCAGAUGCGCCACCUGAAGAGCUUCUUCGAGGCGAAAAAACUGGUGUGAGAGCACCUUCAGCCUCGGCCCCCCAACUUCCGUGUGUGUUUCUCCUCUUUUUGGCUCAUUUGGUGCGACAAUAUUUGCGAAUUUCAUCGGUGGACCUUCGACCAUCAUCAACCAGCCACAAGGCCUCGACUCCAAGCACGUCUAGUUUUAAUUUCUUGUGCGUAAUUUAAUAAAAAUCCAUUGUACAAAAACAU